AUGCUCGUCUUUAAUACUAUUAAGGAAUACGCUUUCGAGGUUUCCACCUCGAGAUUUCAUCCUUUCCUUCUGGAGCGUCUCGCCUCAGACAGUUGCACAAGACUAUUUAACAAUGCGGUGUUCAGAGUUAAGGCAUCUGAAGCAUCAGAGGCUUCUUCUUUUGCUCAGCACAAGGCAGAGCUGCUUUUUCCUCAUCAUCACACCAUGGCUACGCCUAAGGGCUCGCGCUCCAAGACCACUACGGACCCUCCUGCUCCUCCUGUGGACACUGAUGUUAAUAUCCCGGAUGGUCCUGCACUGUCGCCGAACAAGGAAGAUUCAAAUACGGCAGUUAAUGUUCCUGCAACGGCCGGCGGAUCUGGCCUCAGCGUUGCUGAUAAAGCUGCGGACAAUGCGUCCGAAGGGAAAGCCGUCGUCGACGACUCACCUGUUGACGAUGAUGGCUUCAUUGAAGAUUCGGAUGACGAAAUGGAGAUGGAUCUGUCCCUGGAAGCGGAAUGUCGUCUUCGUACCGCUAUCAUUCUGCUUAUUCCGUUUGCCCUGCACAAGGAAAUUUCAUGCAUUAUCAUUGCUGUUCUGUCAGGUGCGCAGGGGGUACUCACAGCAGCCUCAGACUAUUUCAGAGGGAUUUUCGGGAAGGACAAGAGGCUUGAUUUCAGUGACUGGAAGCCAGUGUGGGACAGACAGCUGAGAGCUCAGGAAGCAGUGAGUUUGGAUGCAGACUGGACCGAGGAGGAGGUGCAGGCUGCUUUCGCGUCACUGGCAAAAAACAAGUCGCCGGGCAGUGAUGGCAUGCCAAAGGAGUUCUUCGAGGCCAACUGGGACCUCCUGGGGAAGAGCUUCAUGGCGCUGGUCAAUGAUUUCUCGGAGACGGCGACUCUCCCGGAUGCGGUGAAGGGUGCUGUAACGAUUCUCCUGCACAAAAAAGGAGAUAAGGAUCAGCUGGGGAAUUACCGGCCGAUCACGCUGCUGAAUUUCACGUACAAAAUUCUGGCCAAAGUGUUGGCAGAACGGAUGAAGAGGGUGCUGCACCGGGUAAUCUCCCCAGAUCAGUAUGGCUUCAUUCCUGGGAGAAGGCUCACAGACGGGGUCGCGCUGGUUGCAGACAUCAUCGAUGCGGCAAAGAACAAGAGUGAAGACUGGUUCCUGCUGCUCGUUGAUUUUCAAAAGGCCUUCGACUCUGUAUCGAGGGGCUUCAUCUUCCAAGUGUUGAGGCGCAUGGGCUUCCCGGAGCGUUUCGUGUCGUGGGUUGAAGGCCUGCACUCACACACUACAACAAAGAUGUUGCUCAACGGCUGGCUGGGGGAAGGCAUUGAGGUGGUGUCAGGAGUUCACCAAGGGUGCCCCUUAGCCCCUUACCUGUUCCUGUGCGCAGUGGAGCCGCUGGUGCAGGAUGUGGAGCGGAGAAAGCUGGGGCUUGAGAUUGGCGGAAAGAGGCUGUCGUACCUCGGGUACGCGGAUGAUACCACGCUGGCUCUGCAAGGGAAGCAGCAGAUUGUUAGGGCGGAGGGCGUCCUGACAAAGUUUGCGAAGAAGUCGGGACUGUGCAUAAACGCGGAAAAAACAAUCGUCUUACCACUCGGUCGGAAUCGUGGGUACAAGGCGCCGACGAGCAGUACCUUCAAGUGGGCGGAACCGGACGAUGCAGAGAGACUGCUGGGUGUAUGGGUCACCCCGGACGGUAGCGGGCUCCCCACCUGGGAGAAGGCACUGGAGGAGAUUGCGAAAAGGCUGGUGAAAUGGAGGCAAAAAUAUCUCACGGAGAAAGCAAGGGGAGCGGUGGCGAAUGACUACAUCCAGCCGAUUAUGACUUUCCAGGCGCAGGUUUACCCGCCUCCUGCGAAGAUAUGGGGGGAGCUGGAGAGAAUGAUUCACAGCUUUGUCUCGGGGAACAAAGUGACAUCGACGCGGGGUUUCUUUCUCUGGAGCAAAGAGCUGCUGUACACCCCCCGGAGUGAGGGUGGCCUGGGGGUGAGGGACCCAAGCAUCACGCUCGCAUGUCUGGCCGCGAGGAGAGUCGGACUGUUGUUGGCAGAGACGAACCAGUUGAAGCGGGAUUUAAUGAUUCAAGCGGCAGAUCUCCCGCUGGGGCUGGACACUUUCAUGUCACAUGACUGCUUCCUGCGACAUUGGGAAGGGAGAAGUCAGCGGUGGAAGCAGACGUGUGAAACUUUCAUGAAGUCGCCGCUCUGCAUCAAAACGGUUAAUGUGUCGCGGGAAGCAGUUGCGAAGGAAAGGCUAGUGUUCAACAGGGCAAUCAUGGUCGGAACGGCCACGCCUGUGGGAGGUCAGAAAGACGCUGAACCACUCUGGAACUUUAGGCUGGGAGACAUGGUGAAACGACUGCAGGACGGUAGCUGGGCGCUGAAAACCAUGGAGGAGCUCACAGCGAGGCUAGGAGGCAAGGGGCCGGCUAGACUCGCGCUGAGGGGUUUCGCAGCAGCGCCUGAGGAAUGGAGAACCUGCUUGCUGACCCCUGCUGCAAGCUCGGCUGGCUCCACCCAGGGGGACCGGAGGCGACUCCCGCAGCUGCCAAUCUUGAGAGACGGGGGAAUGGUGGUGUCGGCGCUGAAGAAAUCGCUCCGCCAAAUCAACCCACUCCGCGAAACAGAGUCUCUGGGGGAUCUGCUGUUCCGCAAGGCUGGUUCGCGCACUGCUUUUCCGGAGGUGACAUUGAUUGCAAUCACGCUGCACCAGCUCUGUGCCGUUUCGAAUGCACUCUCGCGCCUUCCCAUCUCAUCUCGCUCGCCCUCCCAUUCCGAUCGUCCACGCUCCGUCCGUCCUGACGUCGUCCCGUCGACCGCCGCGUCGCGAUCCUGUCGUCCGUCCCGUCGCUGUCCCGUCGCCCUCCUGUCGUCAUCUCCAUUACCCCUCUCCUCCAAUCACCCUCGCGUUUUUCCUGUCGCUCCAAUCGCCUUCUCCUCUCCCUUCUCGUCCCUCUCUCUCUCUCUCGUCGCUCCCUUUCCAUUGCAAUCGCCUUCUCCCAACCCUACCCGUCGCUCGCUCUUUCUCCCCAUCCCCUCCAGUUGCUCUCGGUCUCUUCCAUCCCUUCCCGUCGCUCUCGCUCUUCCCCCUCGCUUCCCGUUGCUCUUGCUCUCUCCCCUCCCUUCCCGUCGCUCUCUCUCUCGCCGCUCCCUUCCAGUCGCCCUCGGUCUCUCCCAUCCCGUCCCGUCGCCCUCGCUCUCUCCCCUCCCGUCCCGUCGCUCUUGCUCUCUCCCCUCCCUUCCGGUCGCGCUCUCUCUCUCGCUGCCCCUUGCGCGUCGCUCUCUCUCUCGCUGCCCCCUGCGCGUCGCUCUCUCUCUCGCUGCCCCCUGCGCGUCGCUCUCUCUCACGCCACUCCCUUCCCGUCGCCCUAGAUGCAGUCGUCGCAAAUUCCUCUCCCACCCUCCAUCACCCUCCCCAUCGCGUUCCCGCUCGCCACGAAACGCCUUCCCGUCCCGCACCCACUUUCUCCUCCCAUCGCCUGCCUCGUCGCCUUCGCGCUCGCACUCAAACGCGCUCCCCGCGUCCUUCCUCUCUCCCUUCCCAUCAACCACCUCGUCGCCCUCGUGCUCGCCCCAAAAUGCCUUCCCAUCGCCUUUCGUCUCUUCUCCCCAAUCAUUAAUCUCUGAAACGCUCUCCAGUCGCCCAUCGUAUCCACCCGGUUCAUCACCGACCUCGUCGCCCUCGCUCUUGCUCUGA